AGUCGCUCAUGAAUGAGCUGUCCGGCGGUGCGCCGCUCGAACCUGGUGCCGCCCAACAAGCCAUCGAAGCUGGCCCUGGCGAACAGGAACAGGGCCCUGAUGGCUAUGGCCGAGAUCGUGACCUCAAGCCCUGGCAACGUGGUCCAACUGGCGGGCCGGCCCCAUGGCAGCGUCGUGAUGAUCGUGGUCCUCGCGACGAUUACCGUGACGGAGGCUCCUCGCUUCCUCCAUGGGCCGGCGGCAACCAAGGCAACAGGGGCGGAGAUCACUACGGUGGCCAUGGUGCAUACGGCGCUCCUCCAGGUGGGGCUGCUCCAUGGCAGCAGGCAGCUGCUGCACCUCCUCCGCCUCCUGGUGGCUCUGGUGGCUAUGGCGGCUAUGGCGGCUACAACUACGGUGGCUAUGGCGAUGCUGCAGCUGCGUACCAAUCAGCUUCCAUGGGGGCUCCGCCCGGACUUCCAGGUGCUCCAGGCGUGGGUGCUCCGCCUGGCUUAGGUGGAAUGUAUGCUGGAUAUGGCGCGCCUCCUGCACCGCCCGCGCCACCAGGUGGUAGCCCGCCGCCUCCUCCGCCCCCGCCGGGCGAUAUCCCCCCGCCUCCGCCUCCAAGCGACUUGCCUCCGCCACCACCUCCGCCAGGUGCCUAAUUUCGAAAUUCCAAGCCACGGUCGUCAGUAGACCCGCCUUUGACAGUAAUUUUUUCAAAAUGCUGCUUUUGUUUAUUGUUCUCGUUCUCUUGAUCAUAUCCUUCACGGGUAUAUGCUCCCAUCAAAUAUGAAAUGUAUUAGGAAGCAAACCACUAUACGGAUGAAAGAUUGGAGAUUAGUGCUGCUCGAGCGUCUCUUUUCGAGAUGGUAAUAUCAAUCGCUCUCGGACAUGACUGAAACCGUUUUCCGUGUGUUCUUUCUAUUCCCAGCGAUCUGGUAUACCUGAGCUCCCGUAACAUUUUCUUUCGAAACCCAAUACGUCACAUUUAUAUUUUCUAUCGUAAUCUUCCUUUGCUAGUGUCAUUAACAAUCGAG